CGUUGUUUUUUUUUUAUAAUGAAGCGUAAUGUUAACUUUGUUGUGUUGGAUAGGCUAUUAUUGUGAUGACCUGGUCUUGAGUUGUCUACCAAGCUAGUCUUUCCAGCAGAAUUCAAAGGAAGAGGAAAGUGCCGACUUAACCUGACCGAGGUACUCAAGUCAACAAGAUGAAUAACAAACCUGGGAAAACGCAAAGCAACACAACCAAGAGGACUACACAGUCCAACACUAAUGGGGUUACUUUCAACUCCAUCCGGAUAAAAAAAGAACCAGGAGACUUUGAACGGAAGGAAACUGGUGACCGUUCCAAACGUCCCUUGCUGGAGAAGCAAAAGCACGUCAAGCAACAUCAAACUACGUCCGACCAACCAACUCGGUGUAGCAAGAUAUCGAGGAGUCCUGUGGUGAUACUAACAAAAUUGUCCAAUGUAAGACGAGUUAGUAGUCUCUCAACAUGUGACGUUUAGGGAUGGAUCGACAUUUACAGAAUGGUUACUGGAGGAAAAUCUAGUUAUGGGGAGGGUCAUGUAAUUGAUGAAAUUUCAAUUUUUCACAGUGUUUUAGAAUAUAAAACUAACAAUAAUAGGACUUUGUGUUGGAGCGUAUUUCUUACUAUUUAAGAAAUAAGAGGUAGGCCUACCUGUUCGACAGACGAAAUUAGGCUAUAGGCUGCUAUAUCCAUAGAUGUGUCGGUCAAUCCUCCACCCACCAUGCACUCUUCAAAUAGCCUACCUCCAAGACUUGAAUUGAGAGGGUAUGCCAAAGGCCUACCUUUUAUUAAAGAAAAUGGCAAAAAAAAACACAGGCCUACCUACCCAUUGUUAGCUUAAUAUUUGAAAGAAAAUAAAACUGAUGCGAUUAUGUAAAGUGAUCUAUAACAGCGCUUUGGUCCACAAUGCUUUAUGUUAGAAACAAGCUGUAAAAUACCCGGGAAAGACAUGACUUCAAUGGAUAUGAGAAUAUCACAGUUUAGUUUAUUUGACUUUUUUUUUUUUUUUUUUUUUUUUUUUUACCUUUAUUUAACUAGGCAAGUCAGUUAAGAACAAAUUCUUAUUUACAAUGACGGCCUACACCGGCCAAACCCGGACGACGCUGGGCCAAUUGUGCGCCGCCCUAUGGGACACCCAAUCACGGCCGGUUGUGAUGCAGCCUGGAAUCAAUCAGAGGCUGAAUUACAACCUUCUAUAGCCCAAGAGACAACAAAUAGACACUUUCUGUACAAUAGAAAAUGUUUAAACCCAGACAGCUUUUAGGGGAAACACUUGUGACCUUCUCUUGUUGGGUUAAGCCACGGAAGAAGAGAAGCCAGCAGUUAAAGCAUAAUUUUUUUCUGCGUCUGUAGGCCUACUCUGUCUGGGGUGGGGCUAACUUUUGAAAGUACCAUGCUCAAAUUCCUGAUGACGUCUCAGAUUUAAUUAUUUACAAACAGGGAUAGUUUCGUUGCAAACAAGACACACUGAUUUGGCAUUAGAUAAAUAUUAUAAUAUGAACACAUAGGCCUAUCUGUCCAUUCUUACCCUGGUAUUAAAAAAGAUUCCGCUAAUAUUUAAAAUGACGUAGAAUUGUGUUUAUAAUGUUUAUAAAAGGCAAUUUUUUUCUCUGACCUGCAAACACGAGGAUAGAUUCAUGCAAUGCUUUUACUUUAAUGGAGAUCUUUUCAUGCUUACUCUUGUCCAUGUUGGUCUGCAAACCUUCAACCUUCUGGCGCGCAGCCCUGUGCGCUAUCAGAAUUCCUGCAUUGCCAUGUAAUGCUUACAGAACGAAGAACGGUUUCUAAAACUACAUAUCUAAGGCUGUGGUCUGUCCAGGAAGUGAGGGUAAACGGUAGACAUGUUCUCUGCUAUCCACUUUGUUUUCAUUAUUGUUUGGGGUAUAGGGGAGGGUCACUUUUUUUUCAGGGAAGGUCAAAUAUAUUUUGCUGAAGGGAGGCCAUCCAUUUUCAUUUCAGAGAGGUCCGAUUUUCUCCAUGUAACCUUUAUUAUAAUUAACGUUCAGUGCCUUAGUAACUAGAUGAGCAUUUACACUGAACAAAAAUAUAAACAAAAGAUCCCAGAAAUGUUCCAUACGCACAAAAAGCUUAUUUCUCUCAAAUGUUGUGCACAAAUUUGUUUACAUCCCGGUUAGUGAGCAUUUCUCCUUUGCCAAGACAAUCCAUCAACCUGACAAGUGUGGCAUAUCAAGAAGCUGAUUAAACAGCAUGAUCAUUACACAGGUGCACAUUAUGCUGGGGACAAUAAAAGGCCACUCUAAAAUGUACAGUUUUGUCACACAACGCAAUGCCACAAUUGGCAUGCUGACUACAGGAAUGUCCACCAGAGCAGUUGCCAGAGAACUGAAUGUUAAUUUCUCUACCAUAAGCCGCCUCCAACGUCGUUUUAGAGAAUUUGGCACGUGGUAACCACGCCAGCCCAGGACCUACACAUACGGCUUCUUUACCUGCGGGAUCGUCUUGGACAAGCCACCCUGACAGCUGAUGAAACUGUGGGUUUGCACAACCAAAUCAUUUCUGCACAAACUGUCUCAGAGAAGCUCAUCUGCGUGCUCGUCGUCCUCACCAGGGUCUUGACCUGACUGCAGUUCGGCGUCAUAACAGACUUCAGUGGGCAAAUGCUAACCUUCGAUGGCCACUGGCACGCUGAAUAAGUGCUCUUCACAGAUUAAUCCCGGUUUGAACUGUAACGGGCAGAUGGCAGACAGUGUGUAUAGUGUCGUGUGGGCGAGCGGGUUUUCUGAUGUCAACGUUGUGAACAGAGUGCUCCAUGGUGGGGGUGGGGUUAUGGUAUGGGCAGGCAUAAGCUACGGACAACAAACACAAUUGCAUUUUAUCGAUGGCAAUUUGAAUGCACAGAGAUACCGUGACGAGAUCCUGAAGCCCAUUGUUGUGCCAUUCAUCCGCCGCCAUCACCUCAUGUUUCAGCAUGAUAAUGCACAGCCCCAUGUCGCAAGGAUCUGUACACAAUUCCUGGAAGCUGAAAAUGUUCCAGUUCUUCCAUGGCCUGUAUACUCACCAGACAUGUCACCCAUUGAGCAUGUUUGGGAUGCACUGGAUCGACGUGUACGACAGCAUGUUCCAGUUCCCGGCAAAAUAUCCAGCAACUUCGCACAGCCAUUGAAGAGGGGUGGGACAAUAUUACACAGGCCAAAAUCAACAGCCUGAUCAACUCUAUGCGAAGGAGAUGUGUCACGCUGCAUGAGGCAAAUGGUGGUCACACCAGAUACUGACUGGUUUUCUGAUUCCAGUCAUGUGAUAUCCAUAGAUUAGGGCCUAAUAUAUUUAUUUUAAUUGACUGAUUUCCUUACAUUAACUGUAACUCAGUAAAAUCUUUGAUUGUUGUAUGUUGCGUUUUAUAUUUUAGUUCAGUGUAGAUUGUUGGUUUAUGCUUACUGUGGUUUCUUCAUCUUUCUAAUUUAUAAGGUGGUGGUUAAGACUCUUCUGAGAGAAACUAAAGUGCGUUUGGUGAAGGAGGAGACGGAUGCCAGGAUGGAUAAAGACAACAAUGACGGUAGGACAUGUACAUACUCCAGUCUACACCCAACACUGCAAUGAAAAUGGGUGAUGAAUUACUGAAUAUUUUAAUUUGAUAUCAGCAGGGAUUAUUUCCUUAUUCUUGAAUUAAGAAAAUGACAUUCCUCAUUUUUGUUUGUUCCCCCUCUUAGGGAGAGAACAUUAUUUACAAUAAGGGUUACAUGAAGAACAUUUACAUAAACCCUCCCUGAACGCUUAAAAAAAAAAGUGACCCUCCCUUAUACCCAAAAUAAGAAUUAAAACAUAAAGCAGAUAGCAGAGAACAUGUCUAGUGUUUACCCUCACUUCUUGGACAGACCAGAGCCUUAGAAACUGUUAUUUGUCCUGAAAGCAUUACAUGGCAACGCAGAAUAUUUUAUAGCGCACAGGGCUCGGGUCAAAAGUUUGUGGAUUCGCAGACCACUGUGGACAAGAGUACAGGUGGAAAUAUGUCCUUUAUAGUAAAAGCAUUGCAUGAAUCUAUAUUCGUGUUUGCAGGUCAGAGAAAACAAAUCCCUUUUAUAAACAUUUCAUGCAAUUCUACGUAAUUGUACAUAUUAUCAGAAUCUUUUUUAAUACCACACAAAUGACUGAAAUUACAGGCUAAUAAGAAUGGACAGAGAGAUAGGCCUAUGCGUUCAUCUUAUCAUAAAUAUCUAUUGCCAAAUCAGUGUGUCUUGUUUGCAAUGAAACUGUCCCUGUUUGCAAAAUAAUUACAUCUGAGAUGUCCUUAGGAAUUUGAGCAUGGUACUUUCAAAAGUUAGGCCUACCUUACCACCCCAGACAGAGUAGGCCUACCUACGCAGAGAAAUGUAAGCUUUAACUGCUGACUACUCUUCUUCUGUGGCUUAACCCAAAUAAAGAAGGUCUCAAGUGUUUCCCCAAAAGCUGUCUGGGUUUAAACAACUUCUAUUGUACAGAAAGUGAAUAGCUUAUUCAAUUAAUAGUGACAGAAUUAGAUUACUUCCCAAGCAAAGUAAAUGUUUUGUCUCCUCUGCUAUAGAAGGUUGUAGCUCAGCCACUGAAUGUCAAAGAAACGAAUCAAUAUAUAUAUCCCCAUAUCCAUUGAAGUGAUGUCUUUCCCAGGUAUUGUACAGCUUGUUUCUAGGAUAAAGCAUCACGGACCAUAGCUCUGUUAUAGAUCACUUGACAUAAUCAGAUCUGGUUUAUUUUCUUCUAAAUAUUAAGUUAACAACGGGUAGGCCUGUGCUUUGUGCCAUUUUCUUUAAUAAAAAGUAGGCCUUUCAUACCCUCUCAAUAUGAGUCUUGGUUUUAAAUUAACAGCCCUUCACUGACACGGAGGUAUGCUAUUUAAAGAGUGCAUGGUGGUUGGAGGAAUUGACCAACAAAUCUAUGGAUAUAGCAGCCUAUAACCUAAUUUUGUCUGUCAAACAGGUAGACCUACCUCUUAUUUCUUAAAUAGGAAGAAAUAGGCUCUAACGCAAAGCCCUCUUGUUGUUAGUAAAGUCUAAUUAAAAUGAAGACGUCGAAAUGAAUUAUGCCUACUCGAAUUUGCCUUCUUUCAGCACCGUGAGCUGUUCAUUUUCGAUUGAUUGUGCGGCAGCUGCUGCUUCAAGUUUCAGCACCACAAUGUAAGUUACUCAAAUGUGGCUUAUUGUGAGGUCAAUAACUCUGAUAAAUACAUCAUGGGCAAGAAACAUAUUGUUUUUAAUAAAAAUCUAUUAUAUUAGUAGCAAGUGAUCAAAGUUGACCUCCGGUCCUCCUCCUCAUCUUUGUGCUGUCCUUCUCAAGCUGAACAGAACAUAUUCUACUCUGCGUGCAAGACCUAAUCACCUCUCUAUCCCUCUCUCUCAGUCUCUUCUCCGCAGUUCUUUCCUUGUCCACACUGCACCAUCUCCUUCACUGACUGUUACUUCCUGGAGAACCACAUCAAGACCAAACACCAGAAGCAGUACCUGGCCAUGUUGAAAUGCCACGUCUCAAAGAGUAAAACAUUGUAUGCCCCCACACUCAGCUGUCCCCAGUGUAGCUGCAUGUUCCAUACCCCACGACAGCUACACAUCCACACCCGCCAGGCCCACCCCUCCGCCUUUCCCCAGAAACCUACCCGUCCCCCCAGGGUUCCGGGGAAACUCCACCCCUGCCCGCAGUGUGCCCGCAGAUUCCCGUACCUGGGCACUCUGCUGAAGCAUUGCAAGAAUUUGCACAAAAUGGCUGUUUUUCUCACCGAUGGUCACAUCAGUUGCGCUGACUGUGGGAAGAGCUUUGAGAAUUGCUGGGGACUGGGGCCACACCAGUGUCACGAACCAGAGGGCACUAAACCUAAGGACACUAAGACUGUGGUCUGUCUGGAAGUCGGCUUCCAUUGCUCAGAGUGUGGGAAGAUCCUCAGUACUCCUACGAGCCUGGACACUCACAUGCGCAUCCACACUGGAGAGAAGCCGUACGAAUGUAAGGAGUGCGGCAAGCGCUUCUCAGAGAACAGCGGUUACCGUUAUCACUCGUUAAUACACUCGGGGCUCAAGCCGUUCAAAUGCCAGGACUGCGGGAAAGCUUUCAAACGGAAGUCGCUCCUCUGGACUCACCUGUCAGUUCACACUGGUGAGAGGAAGUUCUCCUGCUCCCAAUGCGAUAAGCGGUAUGCAAGCAGGGCCCAUCUGAAGCUUCACCUGCGAACACACUCGGGGGAGAGACCUUUCAAAUGCACUGUGUGUGGUAAAGACUUUGCUGACAAAGCUUAUCUGAAAACACACCUGAAGAUCCACAGCAACGAGAAGAACUACCACUGUGGGAUUUGUGGGCGGGCGUUCUUGAGGCUGGGGUUGUUGAAGUUACACAUGCGCUCACACACCGGGGAGAGGCCCUACCACUGCACAGUGUGCGACAAGAAGUUUUUUCGACUCUCACACCUGAAGAACCAUCAUCUGACUCACACGGGUGAGAAACCAUACACCUGUACCGAGUGCAGUAAAAGCUUCACUCAGUCUGGGGAUCUGUCCAAGCACAAGCUCCUCCACACUGGGGAGAAGCCAUUUGAAUGCCCUGAAUGCCCCAGCCGGUUUAACCGCUCUGGUUCUCUGACCAGUCACAUGAGGACCCACACUCACCGUGAUAUAAAGCCAUACUCCUGCCAAGAAUGUGGGAAAAGCUUUUAUGAACAGAGUCAUGUCAAAGUCCACAUGAAGACCCACACAGGGGAGAGACCGUACCCCUGCCCCCACUGCCUUUUCAACUUCACUCGGAAAGCACACCUCUCCAAACACCUGCCUAGAUGUCGUAAAUGA